AUGAGUGUCGCUUACCUAAAUGAAGACAUGUUUAAUGAAAUACCAUCUUGCCAACUUUAUGCAGAGUUAGUGUUUGAACAGUCUUGUUUAAGUUGCUGUGCUCCUCUGUUUUCAAUGAGUUCUGUUUCAUUUUGGAUUUCUCUGUGCUGGGCACUAGGCUUUGUUUUGAAGAGAGAAUUUGCAGAGGGAGAAGAUGAAAGUGACUUCAUCUUGCAUAUGGAAAGAGAACCAACAUCUGUCGAUUGCUUGCUCUGUGCUGGGCUUUUUAUGUAUCUUUAUCUUGUGUAUCCUCAUCACAUCUCAUGUUAA